AAAGGUACGAACUACCGUAUUCUUAGGAGGGAAUUUUCCGUAAUAUUAUUCUACGGAUGAUUUGCCCGUAUUUUGAAGAACGCAAUGCAUUGUGGGAGAGACUGUCUUCAGAGGGAACGCAGCCGCCGCUUGCUCGCUCUCUGCUGUCUGAGUGAGUUGGAGUACUGCACUUCUGUGCUAUCAGAGCGGUCAAGAUUACCAGCCAACUUGUGAUGUCUUAAUAGGCUAGGAUCUACAUCUCGUAAAUCAGGGGCGAUUCUAGCAUCUGAUCUUUGGGGGUGCUUAGCCCCCAGAGCUGACAGAGACACCUGGCUUGAACGACAGUGUUUCCACGUUUAUUCCGCAUUUAGACUAGACUUAACUAGACAAGAAGACUAGACUAGACAAGACUAGACUUAUGCAAUGUUUUAACAGAAGCUGACCCAAUAAACUAUGAUAUCUACACAUUUACAGCCACUGACACAAAUAUUUACAUUAUAUUUUUAACUAAACAAGACCUACUACUGCAUUUGUAAUGUUGGAGCUAUUCAUUUUGAACAGUGGUAAUUGUUAAUUAAUGUGUUAUUGUGUAUUGUGUAAUAAUAGUGUGUAUUAUUAUGAUUUUACAUUAGUUUACAUUAGUUUAUAUUUUUUGUUAUAUUUGUUAUAUUUUGGUAGUGUUCUUUUGAAAACGUAGGCUAUAUCCAAACCACACUCACUGUCCCCCCAGACAAUGACCAGGGUUUGGAUUUGUGAAUGAUAAGCAAACGUAAACGCUAUGUUACAUUAAGUAAAACUGAGUAACACACGGUGGUCUAGCACCGUAGCACUUGUACAGCUCUGCACAAAAGUAUCUCGAUAUGGAUGAUAAAUGUCGUUUUUAUCAUUCUAUUCAUAGACCAGGGAACAUCAAUAUUGCAUUAUGCAUAUUAUUGUGUUGUGUUUAACAAUUGUAAUUCCAGUCCGUACCUUCACAUCUCGCUAUGCCAGUAAUACUCAGGUGCUACUUCGAGUUCCUCAUCGGCGUGGAAUCCAGUAAAAAAAAAAACCCACCAUGUCGUAGCAAGCACUCGCGCAGACAGGCAACCCAAUCAGAGGGGACGCAAGGAGGAGAGGUAUUUUACUGCUCAUAGAACUAUCACGUAACAGGUGAAUUCAAGAACACACACACGCCCGCGCACACAUUCAUUGCGCAGUGCGCAAGGGCGCUUAUUUCUGAAAAUUACGUCCAAAAGCAGUGUUUUUGAGGGUGCUGAGCUAGGAGGUGCUGAGCUCGUUUUUGGGGGUGCUUGAGCACCCCCAAAAAUAGGCUAAACACGCCCCUGUCGUAAAUGUAGGGUAUCGGAUUUCUAUAGACUUACAACAUACGUUAUAGUUUUGUCUACAUUAUCAUGACUCUGUUGUCCUGUUUCGCUUUUACUUAAUUUUUAGCGUCCACAAUCCGUUUGGCCGCCCAAGUUGCUAGCUAAGUUAGCUCAGCAAGGCUCAUGUUGGUAACUGAACAGACGGUUAAUAGCUAUAUUGCCGUUAACGAGAAUAUAGCUAUUAACCGUCUAUUCAGUUAAAAUCAAGUUGGACUUGCCACAGUCCCAUUUGCCUGCCACCAUGCUGACCUGUAGCAUAUGUGGUUUUAAGUCUGUGUCAUCCACGGAAUAUGUCAGUCACUGCAGAACACACAGACACCUGAACAACGUGCGUAUGUCGUGUGCGCUUAGAGAUUGUGGUAGGAGAUUUUCUUCUUUCAACAGCCUCGCUGUUCACAUGUCACGAACCCAUCCUGAGAGAAGUGUUAGGCAAACUUGGAACCGCAGUGUGUCUGUGCCUUUAAAGUGUUCAUUCAAUUAUUGCACGAGAGAAUAUGUAGAGCUUAAACAGCUGGUGUCUCACUUAAAUGACCACAUCCAAGAAGGUCUCCAUGUUGUGUGCCCGUUUGAUGGCUGUGGUCGUACUUUUAAUGUGAAGACCUCUCUCUCAUCCCAUAUUUCCAGGAUUCAUCGUGGGUGGAACAUGACCCAAAUAUCUUCCAUUUAUUUAUCAGAUGUACAGGCUCGUCUUACAGACAGCACACCAGAGGUCAGUACAUAUAGGUGCAAGGUUGCUCUCGCCACUCAGGCAUCUUCCACAAUGGAGGUUGUGAAGAAUGUUAUAACAAGGGCCAUGCCUGUACUAACAACUGACGUCAUAGAAGAGCUGAUGGAUCAUCUAAAACAUAUUGGUGUUAACAGCAUUGAUGAUAUGCAAUACCUAACCAGCGAAGACUUGGAUGGCAUUUUGCCUCCAAUUCAAAGGAGGCGGUUAAUUCAAGCCUUCACUGCAGACUUGCAAGCUGUACUUGGCUCAACGUCUCUGCAACCGAAUGUCCAUCUCCCUGAAAAUCCACCUCUGACACCUGGUCCCAUGGAGGAGUCUUCAUCCCGGGAGACUGUUGUACCAUGGCACAAAAUGCCUCCAAACCUUAUGCUUGCCUUACGUGAAAAGAAGAGACCAAAACCUAAAGAGAGACGAGAGAUGAUCCGUAUAGUUAUUGACGAUGUACUAGCUAAAGAACGUGGAAGACCUGGAAGAGGAAAGCUGCGUGAGAUUGCCAAGAAGAUAGUACAACAAUAUCCCUCCUCUUUCCAAGACAGAGAGAUGAAUGGAACCACGGUAAUUGGAACUGGGUAUGAUUCAGUGUUCAUACAGCUUGAGAACAGACUUGAGAACAUUAGUAGGCCAUGUACCUUCAACUCGAGGCCAGCAGCAGAAAGGGGAGAUGAGAUAAGAAAGAAGUCCAGCCACUCGGAUCGAUAUGUAUGUGUGGAGUGGCAGCCUGCUGUUGAGAACACUCCUGAACUAGAGUCUAAAAAAGAUGACUUGAAGAACGAUUUCAAGACCCGCCAGCUGGAGGAAUCAGUUGUUCGCAAAUUGAUGACUGACACAUACUCCAUCCAACGAACUGCAAUCAACAGUGGAAGCACUGUGAAAACUCUAAUGGAGGAGUGGCCCUUCCUUUUUGAAGCUGCAUGCAUGUUUGACCACACACACACACUUCUUGGCUUGGAAGUCCAAACAAAGCUGGCAGAGGAGGUGUCCAGAAAGGGAAAGGGCAUCAAAGACUUUCUACAGUCCAGGGGGAUAAAGAUGGCACCCAGUAACGAUCUAGUACAGCUGAUCUCUGGGAUCGCAAAAUUCUUCAGAGAAAAGCCUGAACAACUCUUCCACCCAAGUGAGGAAUCUGCUGCUGCCGCACUACCACUGCAAAGCACACCUUGCAUCCUUACCACGGGUGAUCAUCAUUACAAAAUCGCCAUGGACCAAGAAGUCGUAAACAACCACAUCAGCUCCAUGAUUGUAGCUCUGAGCUACACUUUUGCUGCAUUUUAUGUUUUUAACAUAAAGUACCCAAAAGACAUGGCUCUCACGCUGGAGUUCAUUCAAAGAGUUUUCCUGGGAAUAAAUCCAGAACGAGGGUCAAAGGCUGAGAAGAAGGGAAAGAAACACCCUCACUUGCCCCCAAGACUUCUGAAGUUCUUGUGUGAACUGAACAGUUUUAAAAACCCCUGGAUGGAAAUGUGAACAUUUGCAUGCAUGUGCACGCAUGCGCACGCGCGCACACACACACACACACACACACACACACACACACACACAAAGCUGAGUUUCUGCUGAGGUCUGGAAUGCCCCUCAACUCCCACCCCUUAAUUGUUUAGGUGCAUGUUUCUUUUUUUUGUUCUUUCUUAAGAGACUUUGAAACCUGUUUGUUGGGAAUCAUAGACCUCACCCUUCAAUCCAAUUUAAAAGUUACAAAUAUCAAAUCAUUUUGUGGGUUUUGUAUGUUGCAUGACGUUCUUAAAAAUGACAGGGUGCUAGUCAUAAUGAAUACUUGAUGAAAUUUGUGGUGGUGUUAAAUAUUCUUGAAUUAAUUAUUUGUGAAUUAACAGCAUGACUUCCCAUAGACCUGUCCCUUCAAUCCAAUUUAAAAGGUACAAAUAUCAAAUCAUUUUGUGUUUUUUGUAUGUUCUUAAAAAUGUCAGUGUGCUAGUCAUAAUGAAUAUUUGAUGAAGAUAACAUCUCUGAAUUCAUAGCAUGAAUUAUUGAAAUAAACUACUAAAAUGGCA